CGUGCAGGCCUGAAGGAGGCGAGAUGCCGGCGCCGCCGCCGUGGUCCGGUGGAGCAGGCCCCGCGGUCCAGCCUCUCCCGUGGUCCCCGCCCAGUCCGGGUGCUCGCCGCGGGGGCGCCCCCAGCCUGCCCGCCUCGGGCUCCAGCCCACGGCGCCGCCUCUCCGCAACUCCCGUGGCCGGGAGCCGGGUGCGACGUGUAGCUGAGGCCUCGCCCCGCACCCCUUGUCCCUUCGAUUGCCGGACAGGGGAGAGACACGUCCCCACCCGGAUCGGCGUCCCCGCACCGGGGCGUCUGGGAGCCCCGGUCGCCCGCUGCGCUCCCUCGUCCUGCGGAUCGGGAGCGGGCUCCGGUCCCCCGGCCCCUAGCUGGGCUGCUCCGGUCGAGGACCUAACUUGUGCCGGCUCCUGGCCGCCCCUCGCUGCCUGUUCCAUCAGCCUGACGCCGAGAGGCGCGCUCCGCUGGGACGCAUCCGUCUGCGGCUCUCGGCGCCGGCGUUAGUCCUGACAGUGCUGGGCUUUGGGGGUUUAGUCAGGCUGCUCGGAACUUUAGUUACCGGGAUCCGGCCACUGCGCUACGCUCGCCCCGGCAGUUGGCGGCGCGAACUGCUCCGCUCGCACCUCCCCAGCUUGACCCCCAACCCCCCCACACACACACCCUCAGCAUGGUGAACCGUUACACCCCCUGCUCCCCCGGAGUUCCUCAUCCUCCGAGCCCUGCAAGCCCACGACCUCGAGUCCAGGUUAGACUCAGAAGGAGUGGAAGACACUAGGAGUUCCGGACACAGACGCUGAGCAGCCGUGGGAGGAGUCUCUUAAGAAAGUGCCUUUUGCAAAAUCAGCGUUGCAGCUACAAGAUCGACUUUAUUAAUUUUACUUUUGGAAAGUUAGCGUCAGGAAGUUGAGGGGAAAAGCUUGUGCCGACCUUCCAAGAGUGAGGCUCCUCAGUUGAUGCUUAUGACACACACAACUACAUCUUAAUCUUAAAAUUGCAGCAUUUGGGGCUGGCCUUACUGAAGUGGAGCCUCACCUAAGUCUAAAUUGAUGAAACUAUUUUUUUCCUUUUCACUGUGUUUGGAGUGAUUUUUUAAAAAAAUAUAUUUUUUGCUCUCAAACUGAUUUGAUGAGAUGAAUAUUGAAAUUGAUUUUUUUCAAGUCAUGAAAUGCUCUUUUAAUAUAAGAGGCAUUAUAUGAUGCUGGAAAUCCUAAGCCCCAUUUUUCUGAGAAGGAAAUUGAAAACCUGCCAUAACUAGUUAUGUUCAAAAUGUCCUGUCGUUCUGACCAUUUUAAAGCCAUGAUUGGACCCAGCAAGGUGGAGCCUGCCCGUAAUCCCAGCAUUUGAGAAGCUGAAGAAGGUCAUAUAUAAGUUCAAGGACAGUUAGGCCUAUAGGAGACUCUAGUCUCAAAAAGUUGGAAAAAGAAGUGAGGGCGCAUCAUAAUAUCUUUCUAGGUAGUUUAUUAGUGUUUCUAUGCAAUAAACUAUAGUGCCCACCUUAAUGUCUAUGAAGUGAGCAUAACUUGAUUUUUUUGUCCAAUUUAUUUGAUAAGUUUGCCAAGGGACCUAGUAUAACUUGUCAUUUCUAUAU